AUGCAUGAUGUAGAAGCUGGUACUUCAUUGAAAAGAUCUCAUGUAAAACUUGACAAAGCUUUUGAAUGGCUGGAAGAGCUGAUUCUCCGUCUGCGGAGUUAUGAAGAGAGUGAAAUAAGGAGCCAACUGGACCAUUUUCCAAGACUGUUAGAGGUGCACAACCAUUUUGGGGACAGUUUACUGCACAUGAUCUCGAGGAGGGGUAACAGCGAGAGGAUCGGCUUCGUUGCCGGUUACCUUAUAGCGGCCGGCUGUGACGUCAACGGUAGAAAUCAUUUCAACAAUCCACCACUGCAGUACGCGAUUUGGGAGAACGACAAGUGGGUCGCGAAAGCACUACUAGACGCGGGGGCUACGGUGGACAACGCGUUCUUUGACUCGAACGAGAGCCCCUUGCACAUCGCCGCGUAUCACGGGAGUCUCGACGUACUGGAGUUAUUGCUAUCGCAGAGGGACUUGGACGUCAAUCAGGUCGACUGUUCGGGAAAUACCGUCUUGCACUCGGCCACGGCGUGCUUGCCCGUUGUUAAUGACAACACCAGGGUCUUGGAGGCGCUGAUAAACGCCGGUGCGAACGUGAACGCGGCGAACAACGAAGGAUGGACCCCAUUGUUGUACGCCCGGAAGCUCAACGAGGUGAAAUUGCUGCUGGACAGGGGUGCAAACGUCAACGCCACCUCGAAUUCGGGCCAAACGGCGUUGCAUCAAGCUGUGGUCAAUCACGCCGGCGUCGAGGUGAUAAGGGGUCUCCUGGUGGCCGGCUGCGACGUCAACCGGCUCGACAGGGACCACAGGAGCGCUUUGCAUUACGCGGUCGAGGAGUUCAACGAGGAUCUGCUGAAGCUGCUAUUGGGCGAGGGUGCAUUAGUCGACGUCAUCGAUUGCGAUGGACUCGAUCCUCUCUGUUAUGGAUUGAGCAAAGCGGGGAACCCCGACGGCAACUUUUUUACCGUUGUCUUGACGAUGAGACGAGUCAUGAGUUGCAUGGAGCUACUGUUCCAGCACGGCGCCAGGGUCAACCGAGCCGAUCGAAGCAAGAGUCCCAUGUACAUCGCUCUCAACAUGCGUUACGAUUUCAACAUCAUACGUUGCUUGCUCGAACGCGGAGCUACUUUCGACCUGGAGGAUCUGAUCAUAAAAGUCGUGGUGAGCGAUGAAAAAUCCUCGGACAUCUCGAAGUUGCUACUCGCCCGCGUAGCCAUCAGCAACGUAGUUCUGGGACAGGUUCCAACGUUGGCUCCCUUACAUCGGAGCUACUACGAGCAAUGCGUCAACGAACUGCAGCUUUUGAAGGACACCCCGAUAGAAGACACCGGAGAAGUGUUUUUCAAGGUGCUGGCGAACUCGAGCAUCGCGCGAUUCGUGCAGGACAAGGGGAUCGUCAAGUUUUUCAGUGAUUCGACCUAUGCGAUUUGCGAGAUGUUUCCCAUUUACGGGAAAGAGCUGGUCAAGCGGUUCGCUCGGGAAAAACAUAGGCAGUGCCUCGUAUCGGGAGCCAUGCAGAGCUUGAGCUGUAUUAUGGGGGUGAAUCAGUACUCGUACCAUUUGAUUUUUCAUGAGAUCAUGGGUUACUUAACCGAGAAGGAUAUGACCAAUUUGUACUUGGCUUAA